CUGAAGGCCGUCAAAAUCGUAACUUUUGUACUGAUUCAGCUGCAACGGCGUCUUUCUCUGAUAUUACGGGCGGUUAUAAUCAAAAUUUCAACAGAAUGGAGGAUUCACAAAGACCAAUGAGUAACAGCAGUGCCAACAGUUUUGUAUCCAAUGACAGAGGACCACGUCCAAACCAGCCCAUUUGCAUUGGAGAAGAAGUUCGCAUUGGGAUUCAUCUUGCUGUGGAACGGUUUUGUUUGAAUGAAACACAAAAAGAAUUGGAGUUUACCUCGUCUCUCACAGCAACCGAAAGGGCGUAUAUUCACAGACUCAGUGAUGACAAGGGACUGAAAGCCAAGAGUCGGGGAAAGGGAGCCGGCCGAUUUAUCACAAUUUACAAAAAAGAAGGUGGACAUUUGACUAACUCGUUUGCCUCCUUCCAACUAGCUCGAAAUUCAAGAUCACAGAUACACAAUCUUCUUAGUCGAUUCCCUCUAUCCAGCAGAGAACGUCAAGAGUUACAACCCCGAACGCAAAAACUCUCUGUGUCAGAAGUGACCCGCGAUUUCAACAAGACUACAACAGGCCGACUGAAUAAUGGCGUCCCACAGAUUCCUCCCAAGCGGGGAAACUCCGAUCUCGACUCGUUCAGACAGACGCUGCCAAUCGCUGAUCUUCGUGAUGAUAUUGUUCGCACCAUUAAUCAAAACCAGGUGAUGUUGGUGGCUGGGGAAACAGGCUCUGGAAAAACCACUCAGGUUCCACAAAUGAUAUUGGAUGACUACUGUGAAAAUUCCAAGACUUGUCGAAUCUUUUGUUGCCAACCGCGGAGAAUUGCUGCGCUAACGAUUGCGGAGCGUGUGGCUCACGAACGAGGGGAGAAGAUUGGGCAGACUGUGGGAUACCAGAUCAGACUGGAGAGCAGGGUUUCACCAAAGACACUGCUGACUUUUUGCACCAACGGCGUGUUGUUGAGAACAGUUAUGGGUGGAGACAGCUCACUCAACAUGGUUACACACAUUAUUGUGGACGAAAUACACGAGCGAGAUCGUUUCAGUGAUUUUUUGCUGACAUCUUUAAAAACUUUACUUGAAAAAUACAAGAACUUAAGAUUAAUCCUAAUGAGUGCGACACUGAACAUUGACCUGUUUUCCAAAUACUUUAACGACUGCCCAGUCAUUCGAGUUCCUGGGUCAUUGUUUAAAGUGGAGGAAUUCUUUUUGGAAGACAUACUUAAGUCUACAAAUUACACCAACAAGAAAAUGGAGAAGUACAAGCGCGAAGUGGGAAGAGUUGAGAAACAACAGAAACAACUGGAUGAAUGGUGCAGCAAGUCUGGGUCACCCAAGGACAAGAUUCAAUCUGACAAAAGUCAAGUUGCAAUGGAAAUAAAGAAUGGCCAAUCAGAUGCUCUAGAGCUUGGAGAAGAAAAGGAAGACUUGGAACCAGAGAUUGCCCUGGAGAUGGACAAGCUUCUUGCAGAAGCCUGGCUUACUGGUGACGAGGAAAUCUUCUCUCAGAUAUUUCAUCUCAUCAUGAGUGAAAACGUCAGUGUUGAUUAUUCUCACUCGGAGACGAGCGUCACUCCACUGAUGAUUGCCUCUGGUCGAGGUUUUGUUGGCGUCACAGAACAGUUGCUCAACCUCGGCGCCAACGUCAACAUCAGAGCAUCAAACGACUGGACCGCCCUUGACUGGGCAAAGAAAUUUGACAGAAUGGAAAUUGUCGAAAUACUGGAAGCUAAUUUGACUGUCACGGAGACAGGAACGUUGGAGGAUUUGAGUCUCCAGGAGUCGGAGGAGGUUUCAGCUGAAGAUAAGGAACUGUUGAACAUCUACCACCACAGCUUCGACGACGAACACGUCGACAUCGACCUCGUCACCUCUCUCGUGCACAAUAUCACAACGUCAAAGAAAGAAGGUGCCAUAUUGAUAUUUUUGCCUGGUUAUGAUGAUAUCGUGUCAUUGAGAGAUAGCAUCAGUGAAGAUAAAAGAUUUCAGAAUGAAAGAUUUCUGCUGUACACUCUUCACUCACUCAUGCAGUCAUCAGACCAAAAACGUGUCUUCAAGACUCCUCCACCUGGAGUACGCAAAAUUAUAUUGGCCACGAAUAUAGCCGAGACCAGUAUCACUAUCAUUGAUGUCGUGUUUGUUAUUGACUGUGGAAAGGUGAAAGAGAAAACGUUUGAUGCUUUGACUUGUGUGACGAUGUUGAAAAGUAACUGGAUCUCCAAGGCGAGUGCUCAACAAAGACGAGGGAGAGCUGGUAGGUGCAGGCCAGGUGUGUGUUAUCACCUGUUCAGCCGGAUCCGAUUCAACCACAUGCAGGAGUACCAGCUCCCAGAAAUACUACGCUAUCCACUACAGGAACUGUGUUUGCAUACAAAGCUGCUUGCUCCAGUGAAUUCCUCCAUUGUUGACUACCUAUCCCGGUGUCCUGAACCGCCAGCUUUUCUUGUCACCAGAAAUGCCGUCCAGCUGCUUAAGCAAAUUGAUGCUCUGGAUCCAUGGGAGGAACUCACCGAGCUGGGCCAUCAUCUGACCGACCUGCCAGUGGAGCCGCGACUCGGCAAGAUGCUGCUCUACUCUGUGGUCCUCAAAUGUCUCGACCCCAUUCUUACCAUCGUGUGUGUCUUGGCAUACAAAGAUCCAUUUACUCUGCCAACCCAGCCGUACCUGAAGAGAUCAGCUGCCAUGUCACGCAGGAAGUUUGCAGCUGGAACGUACAGUGAUCACAUGGCUCUACUGAGAGCAUUCCAGGCCUGGCAGAAAGCUAGAACCGAAGGAUGGGAAAGAUCAUUUUGUGAGAAGAACUUCCUGUCGUCGGCCUGCAUGGAGAUGGUUGUUGGGAUGAGAACCCAGUUGCUAGGUCAGCUGCGAGCGUCAGGCUUCGUGCGAGCUCGCGGGGGUGGCGACAUCCGAGACCUGAACACCAACUCUGAGAACUGGGCGGUGGUGAAGGCGGCGCUCUGUGCCGGGAUGUACCCCAACCUCGUCUACGUCCGCCGUCAGCAGGGCAUUCUCGUCACACAAAAAGAAGCUAAAGUGCGUUUCCAUGGCAGCUCGGUUUUGAGUGCUGCCCCAACCACAGACUGUUUGAAAGGCUCAGCCACUCACGGUAGAGUUGUGAAAACUCUGCCUUCUGAUUGGCUGAUUUAUGAAGAAAUGACACGCUUCAAUAGAUUGGCUUACAUCCGCUGUUCCACUCUGCUGUCGUCGGUAGCUGUAGCCAUAUUUGCAGGUCCUGCCAAGCUUUCUCAAGAAGUCCUCCGACAGUCAGAGCAUGGACAUUCAAACCACGAGCUGCACCAGUCGGGUGUGUGUGCCGAGGAGAGCAGCGACAGUGAGAGCGAGGACAGCGAGGAGAUGAAGAAACCAACGCUGCAUAUCGAUGAGUGGCUGCAGUUCAGGAUCGACCCAGAGGCUGCCAAUCUGAUUCUACAACUGCGACAGAAGUGGCACUGUUUGUUUCUCAGGAGAAUGAGAGCACCAUCCAAACCCUGGUCACAGAUGGAUGAGUCUGUAGUGCGAGCUGUGAUCAAUGUGUUAACCAACGAGGAACAGUCUCUUGGCAUGCAGCAACCUGCCGGGAUUGGACAGCGUCCUCGACCCAUGUCUGCAGAAACGAUCAUGGCAUCAGGGAGUAGCCGUGGAGUUGGAGACCUCGGUGAUUAUUAUCCCGACAACGGCCGCUCGUUUAAGAGGUCACCGGCGACAACACCACAGAGGAAGGAGAUAUUGUUUAAAGGAAACAGUGGCGGGAAGAUAGACAAAUGUAGCAGUCCAGGAAACAACUCAAGAAGCAGCAGCUCCAACAGUGUGAAGAGCAGUGCGGGCAACACCCCUUGCCCCUCCCCCCAGCCAUCCUCCCCUGCCAAGUUCCUGGAACCCGGGGCAACGAGCAGUCACCCAAACCGAUACUUUGUGAUGAAGUGUAACAACCAGAAGAAUCUGGACAUAUCUCAGCAGAAAGGCGUAUGGGCCACCACCUCGGGCAAUGAAUCCAAACUCAACAAGGCAUUCAAGGAUGGCAAAAAUGUAUUUCUGGUCUUCUCCAUUCAAGGCAGUGGCCAUUUUCAGGGUGUGGCAUCAAUGGUGUCUGCAGUUGGUAAAGAAAAGACUCCGGACUUCAUGUCACCAGGUCUUGGUGGCAACUUCCAAAUCAAGUGGAUUAAGAAAACGCCAAUUCCAUUUCAAAACACUCAUCAUCUGACCAACCCUUGGAAUGAGAACAAGAAAGUGCAAGUCAGUCGAGAUGGGCAGGAGAUUGAACCAAAUGUCGGAGAAUCGCUUGUGAAGAUGUGGGACAAAGCGUCAAACAAUCUGAAGAGAACUCCACCAGGUCCCGGAACUAAGAUCCUCCUGAAGCAGUCACCACAACAGAGACAGAAGGACGAGACUUCGCCCCGCGAACAGUUGACGCCCAAAUCAAAGAGGUCAGACAGUGCCAAGAAUUACGAGAGGUCUGCGCAGAGCAAGACUUCGAGACCGUCCUCAGCAUCUCAGGUCGGUCAGAAGGGAUACCUAUCCCAGGGUCACGGUAGAGAUAACAAGCCUGGGGACGUGUACGACGAUCGAUUAGAUCACGACUUCGAUUACGAUCAGAGUUCAAUCCACGGUUACGACCAGGAAUAUGAUUACAGAUCUGGCGACAAGUAUGAUCACGAUUAUGACCGCCGAUCAAAUCAUGGAUAUGAUCAGGGUCAAGCUCAGAGAGUGAGUCAUGGCUACGAUCAGGAUUACGAUCACCGAUCAAAUCUCGGAGAUGAACAGGGUUACGACGACCGAUCGGGGUAUUAUCGCAGUCACCAUGGGCAGCAGCAGGCCUAUCAGCAUGGCGGCCAUUUUGUGCACCAUCACCAAGGCAACAUGGCGGCAGCAGCAGUGUCAAACUCUCAGAUGGUCGGACAUCCCAGUAUGGGGAUUUUCAGUCACCAGAAUUUCUCAUCCCAGGUCGGGGCCGGUUUCGGGCCGAUGUAUAUGACCCAGAUGAUGCCACAGUCAUCUACCGCUGGCAUGAUGAUGCCCACAUCCCCGAGGCCGGGAAUAUCACCAGUCGUCAUUCUUCAGAGAGGAGCAAACUCACCCGGUCAAGUUCAAGGUCAUCCAAACUUCCAGAGUCAUCAAGGUCACCAUGGUUAUGGAGGAGGUGCUUACCAUUAGCUGUAGUGGAUGGUGGUUUACACAUGAGCAGGGUGGAGGUGGGUGGUUGGGGAGUGAUUGUAUGAGGCAUCAGUCUCUUAAGUUUCAGGCAAAUAUGGCCAUAGUGGUAAAUAUUUUUACCAAUUACAUAAUGAAAACUGGGGAGAAUGGAUUACAAAAUUUCAUAAUCAAGCUCGUUUGGGCAGAAAAUGUGCCAUCCUCAUUUUGAAAUAAGCCACCCAUCCUUGUAUGCCUUUGUGUUUACCCAUUAUAAUGUGAUGAUGUAAGUCAUAGCAGACACUGAAGAAGAAAUUCCAACGUGUUUAGAUCAGUGUAAUUUAAUGUCUGCUGCAGUGUAUUUCCAAUGACCGAAACUUGUUUCUGUGAUUACUUGGCUACACAUGUCCAACUGAAGCUUUCAAUGUUAAGGGAAGAAGAGGUCUUUUUCAAUGGAAGAAUCUUAAGUUGGAAUUGCAUUUCUGCAUUUGAAACAAAGAUGCCUCUAUGCAGAAAUGUAAACACAUUUCUGUUAAAAGAAAUGUGCAUUGUUAUUUGACAAGCAAAUGCAGUUUAUUUAUUUAUUUAUUUAUUUGUUUGUUGAAAUUUGUUUAUUAUUGUUGUAAGUUGUUUAGUAUAUUAUUAUUCCUAAUGUUAAAUCAAUGCAUGUCUUUUGAAACUGUUAACAAUGAUUGAAGGAGUAUUAUUCUUGAAAUAUGUUUGUUUUAAAUGAAUUGAAAUGAAGUAAAACUCUAGUUGGAGCUUCAGAAGUAAAA